AUGUAUUCACAAAAGAAUAGUUUAGAAUUUUAUGAAAGAUGUAAAGUGAAUGAUAAAUAUAAAUGUGAAGAGAUGUUGGAUGAAAGAGAAAGAUUGAGAUUGGAUGUUAAUGUACGAAGUGAUAAUGGAUGUACACCGAGUUUCUUUGCAAGUUAUCAUGGUAAUAGAAAGUUGUUGAAACAGUUGGUACAACUGGGUGCAGAUGUCAAUCUGUCAGAGAAUGGAGGUGGAGUGACUCCGUUUGCUGUGGCGUGUGUGCAAGGUAGUGUCGAUGCAGUCGACUAUCUGCUGGGCGAGGCACACGACGAUGGUGUACGUCUCGACCCAAACUCACUCAUCACUGGUAUGGUUGGAGCGUGUCAAUACAACCAUCCACAGAUUGUCAGACGUAUAGUGGAUCGUGGCAGUCUCAAUGUAAAUAUUGAAUUGGAUCAAGAGGGUGCUACACCACUCUACGUCGCCACUGAAACGGCCAAUGAAGAUGUUGUCACCGUCUUGUUGUCUUUGGACGCCGACCCAAACAUUAAACGUGGUGGGUAUAGUUGUUUGAUGGUGGCUACACAAUUUGCAAAGUUUGGUAUUAUGACAAGACUACUUAAAGCCAAGGCAAAGGUCAAUGACCGUGCUCCAGAUGGUGCUACUGCACUUCUCAUUGCCGCACAGAAUGGUAUCAUCAAAGCUGUAGACAUGUUGAUGCAGGCUGGCGCCGACCCCAACCUCGCACUGACCACCGACGGCUCCACAGCCCUCUAUGUGGCAGCUGCGCGUCACCGCGAAAACACAGUCACCGCACUCUUGGAACACAGCAACGUCAACGUCGACGCUGCACUCUCUACCGAUGGCAACACCACCCUCCACGUACUCUGCCAACACGGUCGAUUAACAGUCAUCGAAGAGUUAUUUAAAAAGUUCCCAAACGCCAAAUCAGUUGAUCAGGCCAAUAAAUCGGGAGCCACCCCACUUCACAUUGCCGCGCGUCACGGCCAAGCUGCCAUCUGUCGUAUCCUCCUCGAAAAAGGUGCCGACCACACCAAACUAUGUGAUGGUGAUACUCCUCUAUCUAUAGCAACUCGUUAUGGUCGUUCUGAAACUAUAGAAUUUUUAAAAGAUUAUGAAACUAAUAAAAAUUGUUUAGUAUUGGUUAAUAUUAUCUCUGCAAAUGAAGGUGAUCAAUAUGAAGAUCAUGCUAUAACAAAAGUAACAUAUGGUAGUAUAAUUAAAUUAUUACAUUCAAAUUCAAAAUAUAGAUUACAUUCACACAAGGUUAGUUAUGGUAGUGGUAAUGGAGGAAGUGGACAGCAAUCGGUGACUGGGUUUGCCGAUGGUAACGAUCCAAACAGUUUAUGGGUAAUCAAGGGUGCACACGGAGAGAAUCAACCACAAGGAAAGGUUGUAAAGAAGGGUGACACUAUUAGAUUACUUCAUUUGAAUACUAAAAAGAACUUGCACAGUCAUGCUGCCGUCUCUCCACUCACCAAGAACAAUGAAGUCAGUUGUUUUGGUGAAGAAGGUCAAGGUGAUGGCGGUGACAACUGGCGUGUUGAAACCAUUGAUGGUUCUGAUAUUUGGAUGCGUGGUCAACCAAUUCGUCUCUAUCACUUGGACACCAAGUUUUAUCUUCAUGCAAAUCCAAACGCUAAAUAUCAACAUCCAAUUCCAGGUCAAAUGGAAGUUUGUGGUAUUGCUAAAAAAGAUAAUGAUAAUAAAUGGCAAACUGAAGAAGGAGUAUAUUUUGAAGAAAGAGAUGAAAGCGAUUUUUAA